AUGAAAGGUGCUGGUGGGAUGCUUUCGGAGGAUGAACAAGACACCCUAGACGCCCUAGUAGAUGAAUUCGCGCGAACGCAUCCGAAGACAGGCCUGCAAGAAAUCUUAAGUCUCAGACUGAAGAAAUCUUAACUAUUAGCUUAUAGACCGAAGACAGCACUGCAGAAAUCGUAAUCCAGCUUGAGAAGCAAGCAUUUUGAUUCUUUGAUCCCCCUUUUUUUUUGAUGAAGGGAAAGAAAACGAGCCACAGAUGAGACUCUCUAGAUCAAGAUGCUGAAUAUUCAUUAUAUCGGUAUUUUAUUACUCCCACCCUCUGAUCCUCUGACAGUAGUGUGAUGGGAUGCUAAGGUAAUCUACCUCUAGAUGUUGAUUAGUUGUGCGUUUUUUUGCACUGUUCUCUUCGCUUCAAAGUUGUUGGCUUAGUGGUUUAGGCGUUGGCCUGUUCACUUAUCACUUCUUACUGAGGUCGUCACCGACAGACACCCACUUUGACUAGUCUUUAGCUUCUUGUUGUUCUGUUACAAACCUCUCGAAUAAUUCACUGUUUAUUACUAGUAGGGCCGUCUUUCUAAGAAUCCUGUACAAAGUGCAUACAGGCGCAACGUUGCCGGAAGGGGGUCUAAAGCUGAUGCAAAAACUGUUUGGGAAGGAGAUUCAAACGCGCGUCUUCGAUAUGGAGAAGCCACUAGACGCAGAAGAAGUAGUUAUGGCUUCCCCAAAUUCAUCUUAUUAAGAAGCAUCUUUGACACGGUUUCAAGGGGAAAAGAGGUCAACGAUGCGCUUCAAGAUGAAUAGAGGGAAGGUCUAACGUAGGUGCACUAGGAGAUGAGAAGCCGGCUGGAGCAGGCAGGAAGUCGAGAAAUCAGACGAAGAAAGGUGUGCGCCAGGUGACGUUAUUUAAGGCUUCGUCUCUUACUACUUCGUCCAUGUUUAGAAUGAAGGAAGCAUCCUGUUGAAGCUGUAGUUCCAUUUAAAAAAAGCAAAAAAAUUUUAAAAGCAAGAUGCGCCGUCGCCAGAUGGAUAUUCAGCUUGUGACAGACUGACUCCUGAGCUGCUCUUCCUCUUCUAAGGUUUAUUUUCAACCGACCAAACAUUUACAUGCGGACUUACCUGGGCUGGACAAAAUGCAGUCGGAUUUUUUCUUGCCGAUUUGUGGCAAUGGAAAUCGACCUAAUCGAUAUAAAGUAAUCGAAUUGGGUUUGGAUUCCUUGGACGACAGGAAUACCAAAGCACCCAUCCACGAAAGAGUGCUCAUGGUCGUCAGAAAUAACCUCAAAACGAAUGACUGCUUAUGAAGGGAAGCAUAGAUGAAGAAGCAUAGAUAGGUGAUUUGUGUAGCUAGAGAAAUUGGGGAGGAGAAAGAUCCAGGAACAGAAGGAGCAGGAGUGGAGGACAAGACAAUAUUCUUCCAUCCUCUAGAACAAGUCUCCUGCGGUUCUUCUGUUAUCUCCUCCCUCCCUCCCUCCGUUAAUACGGUUUUUGUUCUUUCCUAUUCCUCUUCUCCCUCCCUCCUCCCUUUAAUACGAUUUUUGUUCUUUCCUAUUCCUCUCCUCCCUUCCUUCCUUCUCCCUUCUUCAUACGAAUUCUGUUCCGGUAUGUUUCCUGGUUGUACGGCACCUGGAUAUCCGCCAGAGCAGCGUCCUUUUCUCUUACCAGAAGCCCAAAAGUCCUUGAAAGAAACAACGACUGCGCGAAUUCUUGGCAGCAUGCCUAGGAUGCGCAAUUUGCCUCUAGCAGACACACAGUUCUUGGAAGUUUCUUCGUCGUUUACAGCCACACCACAGAGUACUAUCCAGACGAGGAGGAGGAAGACA